CGACAUCUCAGCGGAUGUAUAACUCCAAUCACCACCACAACUCCUGCAUAUAACCCCCUGACAACUCCCACAAAUCCAACUCUAACUAUAACUCCACCAACAGACCUGAACCCUAACCCCUACCCAGCAACGGGGAAUUCAGGCCAGAGCUGGUGUGCUGCUAGCCAGAGUGCAUCGGAGACUGCGCUGCAGGUUGGUCUGGAUUAUGCCUGUGGAUAUGGCGGCGCUGACUGUUCAGAGAUACAGCAAGGAGGGAGCUGUUUUAACCCUGAUACAGUCCGAGAUCAUGCCUCAUAUGCAUUCAAUAGUUACUAUCAGAAGAACCCUUCUCAGACUAGUUGUGAUUUUGGGGGGACUGCAAUUAUCACCAACACUGAUCCAAGUAGUUCAACGUGUCAAUAUCCUUCUUUAAGUACAAGUUCAUCUACGCUCAAUACGACGAACCCAAUCGGAGGAGGAUCGACAGUCUUUGGACCAUCUCCUCCAUACACUGACACAAACUCAAUUCCAACAAGCACAUCUUCCUCCUUCACAUUGAUAUUCUUUCUAAUAUCACUCAUCUACUUAAAGGUGUAUAAAUAGAGACAAUUUACAAACCUCUCUUAAGUGAGAACGUGAUGACUGAUAAGAUCUUUUUGACAGCCAUGGAGCUAGCACUUGCAUAGUAACGAGCAUCUGUCCAUAUUUAUAAGGAUAUAGAUGAACUUCGUUUCAGUUUUUGUGUUAUUAUUUUCCAAUUCAUGAUCUAAUUGUAGAUUUCAUAUGUAUUUGUAAUUUAUAUCUGAAGCACAUACAAAGAGGAUGUGAUAGUUUAAAUAAAGGAUC